AUGGCGCUCAACGUUUCUGGAAAAACAGCAAUCGUCACCGGAGCCGGUUCAGGGAUAAACUUGGCAUUUGCUCAAUUGCUCCUACGCUCCAACUGCAAUGUCGUCUUCGCUGAUCUUGCGCUCCGUCCUGAAGCAGAAGAGGUAGUAAAGACGCAUAUCGACGGCAGCAAUGGCCCGCGAGCAAUCUUUCAAAGGACCGAUGUCACGGAUUGGGUUCAAUUGGAAGCAAUGUUCGAUGUCGCCGAGCAAACCUUUGGUGCUGUUGACAUUGUAUGCCCUGGCGCUGGAGUAUAUGAACCUCCCUUCUCCAAUUUCUGGAUUCCACCAGGGACAGGUGUGACAAAGGACGAUCCGAGAGGCAGCAGGUAUGCCGCCAUGGAUAUCAAUGUUACGCAUCCGAUUCGGUGUACGCAGAUUGCCAUUGCGCAUUUUAUCAAGCACAGCCGGCCGGGAGCUGUGGUUCAUAUUUCCAGCAUUGCUGCCCAGCGACCUUUCUUGCAGUGUCCUUUGUACGUGGCUUCCAAGGCUGCGAUAUCUGGCUUUGUACGGUCACUUGCACUGUUGGAGACGCCUAAAAGCACUGAGCUACCUUCCAUCAGGGUUAACUGUGUGGCACCUGGCUUGAUUAAAACGCCGCUUUGGACAGAGAAUCCUGAGAAGCUAAGAUGGAUAGAUGUCGAGCAGGAUGAAUGGGUUACGGCAGAGGAUGUAGCACAAGUCAUGCUGGAUCUCGUUCAAAAGGAAGAGUACGUCGGGGGAACCGUGCUGGAGGUUGGACAGAAUCAAGUCCGGAGAGUCGAGGUCUUGAAUGAUCCCGGACCAAAAGGCGCUGGGCACACUGUCAGUGCUGCUGAUGUUGGAGAAAAGGAAGUAUGGGAUAGAUUAACUCGGCCUUCUUGGGGCCAGUGGUAG